ACCUUGUCAUUGCACGCUCUUGUGCUCUUCCAGUUGUGCGCAACAUGAUUGAUAAGAUGAAGUACAUCGUCAUGUUCUUCACCUGCAGCCCGAAGAGGGAACACCUUCUCAAGGAGGUUGUAGAUAAGGAGGCACAUUCUACCGGAAAGCGGAAGCCCCUGAUUGACCUCAGCCGCACAAGAUGGGCAGCACGGCAUGAUGCCUACAGUCACUUCUACAGUGCCUUUGUCGCAUCAAGGCUCAUGGGCCUAAUUCCAUCUGUCCAGUGCAACUCAGAUGUAACGGUGGACAUCUCUGAAGCAGUCGCUCUGUACCAAGAUGACUUGCCAUCACCAGAGGUCAUUGACCAGGAGCUGAAACGGUGGAAGUUGAAGUGGCAGGUCAAAGCAUUACACCAAAGACCAAGCUCAUGUGCCUCAGCUAUCAAAGAGUGUGAUGAGAUGAUGUAUCCGAACAUCUUCAAACUCCUGAAAAUUGCAUGCACCUUGCCAGUGACCUCCUGCGAAUGUGAGAGGUCUGCCAGUGUUCUCCGGAGACUCAACACAUUCAUGCGGAGCAGCAUGGGAGAGGACCGCAUGUCAUCCUUGGCUCUCAUCCAUACCCACUACGACAUGGCUCUGGAUCUGGAUGAAGCUGUCGAUCUAUACUCAAAAAUGCACCCAAGACGAUUGGAGCUGAUGAGCGUUCUGAUGCAAUAGAAGCCAUAGAAGAAGAAGAGGGAGACAUGGGGGGUGGGUCAUUUCACGUGAAAUCAGACACUUUGGGGCCCA